AUGACCGACGUUCCACAAACUGAUGUUUCCCGGCCCUCGGCACUUCCCACUGCCAACGUUCUUCAACGGAGCACAGGCUCUCAAUCGAUUGUGGAUCAGAAUUCAGCCGAGUACCUCGACGCGAUAGAAGAGGAAUGGAACAAAAAGGUAGACGCGGAGGUGGACAUACUCGUCGAUGGGAUGGUGGACCUCGUCAGUUUGGCUUCAAUCGUCGACAAGGACAAGUUUCGCGUCGCACAGGAAUCCUUCCAGGCCCAAUCCCGUGCAGAGUCUAUGAUUCGAGCUGCAAAUUCCUUGCUGUCAAUCACCCACUCGAUGAAGCUCCUGCUCCUUCUCUCCGAUGAGGCCCAGAUUGCGCACAGGCGCGAUGCCGAAAUGAAGGUCGUACAAGAGGAAAAGGAGGAUUCGAAACAGAAGGUGGCUGCUCUCUUGGACGAACUGUUGAAGAAACCAAGCACGUCUAACACUGCCUCGACUGCUGGAACCUCGACGUCAACAUGA